GGGAAAUCCCACAGUUUUUGCAAAACACAUGUGAUUAUCUGUAAGCAGGUAUGGCCUACUACGGCUUUGGAUAUGUUGUUAAAUCCUGUCCAAAAAACCUUUUGGAACACAAAGCAGCAGCCUUCAAGUUAAAAUUUGGUGCCGACAAAUACGCCAGAAGUCAGUAUCUAUGCAUUCCCAAUUUUAAGAAGACAGCUCUAGUGGAAUAUUGCCUGACUGGUACAGUGGCACCUUAUAAUCAAGGUAACUGCCUGGUGGUUACCAAUGAUGGGGCUGUAGAUAUCGUCAACUGUAGCAGUUUCACCGAGGGUUGUCCUAACAGGUUAUUCAGAAGUUCAGAUGUUUAUCAGUUUCCAGCAUGUCUCGAAAUAAACACAGAAGAGAGGUGUUUCUAUGCAGAUCCGACAUGUCCCAAUACUAGUUUUAACGACUUUUCUACAAGUGGUUAUUCUAAUAUAACAACAGAAAUUUCUCACGAAAAUGACCAAACUCCUGCUAGCGCAAUAGCAAUCAUUUAUAUCGUAUUACUGGCUGCAAUAUUGGCUAUCAUGUCCAUUGGAUAUUUAAAGAUGACUAAAAGGAGGAAGUCAGAACUUACCUUUGGACCGGGAAGUUACUCAUGUUGGAAAACUUCGGCAUCAGAUGACGUCUCCACAUUAUCUGAUGAUGAGGUGGCCGUGUUGUAUUGCUUCCUUUGUUCUGAUUUCGGUCCACCUGAUUUCACAGACAAAGAAUGGCUGGACAUACUGAAUGAGAUACUGCGGAUAGUAAGCGAUAAAAAAGACCCCGUGACAAGCGAGGAGGCACAUAUUGUUCUGAACGGACUAGAGUCACGUGAUUUUGUUUGGGAAGAUCAGAACAAGAUAACAGAGGACGUAAAGGAUGAGAUAAUGUUCAAGUUAGCUUUAAUAGACCCUUCUUUACCUUUCUACUGA